AGGAAUUUCAUUGCUACUGGAUUGGAAGCCUGGGGCAAAUGGACUCGUGGAACAUGUAUACCAAGCCCAUGAAGCAGGAAGACCCCACACACUUGCACAUAUUGACACCGCGACACGGGAGAGUUCGUAUUUGGACUUGCGGUGUGCUGGAUUGGUCACUCAACUUGCUGUAUAUCUUCUUGGCCCAAUGUUGUGUGAUGUUUGCAGAUAGUGCUGUUACUAGUGGCUAUCGAACAUCACGCCACUCAGGAUGAAGUAGCAUUCGCCUCGCGUCGGCCAUGUUCGUGGAUGCCGUUUGCUUUUCCCGGAGUGACACGAAUCGGAGGCUAGAAAGGUCGACCACGUUCCACUCGGCACUUUUGGUGGUGGCAGAUAUUACGCCGGGACGAUGGCGCUGGGCGGGGAAAUGAGUGUUGAACAAUGAGACUUAGAGGGAGUGACGAUGACAUAUGAUACAAAGUGAUUUGGAUGCUCCGACAGUGAAUU